UUUUCUCCUUGUUUCUUCUUCCCAAAUUUCAACCUUCAAGAAAACCCCAAUUUUUUCCUUAGAUUCACAUCUCAAUUCCACAAAAACAAAGAUAUCUAAGGAAAAAAAGAACCCCUUUUCUCACUUUCUUGAUAUACACAAAAAAAACAAAAUAUACAGAGGAAAAAGUGGAAUUUUUUCAAGAAUUUGAUUCCAAUUGAUUGAUAUAUUGAUUUCAAGAAAAGGGUAUUCUUGAAAAAUGGGUGAUAUGAAGGAUAAAAUGAAAGGUUUCAUGAAAAAAGUUUCAUUUUCUUCAUCAGGUAAGUUUAAAGGUCAAGGUAGAGUAUUAGGUACUAGUUCAUCUAAUACUUCUUCAAAUCAUGUUAAUAAUAUUUCAUCACAAAAUAGACAAAACCAACCUUUAAAAACACAAACUUUACCUCAAAAACCAAGUAAUUCUGUUUCAAGAAUUGAUGAAAAAACUGAAAAAAUGGAUGGUUUUGAUCCUUCAUCCCAAAAUAAGCAAAACCAACCUUUAAAGUCACAAACUUUACCUCAAAAACCAAGUAAUUCUGUUUCAAGAAUUGAGGUUAAAAGUGAAAGAAGUGAAAGAAAGGAUGGUUUUGAUCCAUAUGGUGAGUUAAUUACUAGUGGUGAAAGGAACAAAAAUGGUUAUUCAUUAAAUGUUUUUGAAUGUCCUGUUUGUGGUUGUGGUUUUGUAUCUGAAGAAGAAGUGACAAUUCAUGUUGAUAGUUGUUUAAGUAGUGAUGUUGAAAGUAAAGUUGAAGUUAAAAGUGAAUUGGAAAGUUGUGUUAGUUUAUAUGUUUCUGGAAAGCCUGAAGAAGGGUCAGUUGAGGUUGUUAUAAAGUUGUUAAAGAAUAUCGUUAAGGAACCGGAGAAUCCUAAGUUUAGGAAAAUAAGGAUGGGAAAUGUGAAGAUAAAGGAAGCUAUAGGUGAUGUUGUUGGAGGAGUGGAGUUAUUGGAAUUUGUUGGAUUUGAGUUGAAAGAAGAAGGUGGUGAAAUUUGGGCUGUGAUGGACGUUCCGAAAGAAGAACAACUUGUUGUACUUAAGAAUGUGGUGUCGCUAUUGGAACCGAAGAAAGUUGAAGAGUUGGCGUCGGUGUCUGAAGUUAAGGCAAGUGAACCGGUCGUGCCGAAGAAGAUUGAUAGACAGAUUAAGGUGUUCUUUUCUGUUUCCGAGAGCGUAGCAGCAAAAAUUGUGCUACCUGACUCGUUCUUUAACCUCUCAAGCGAGGAAUUGAGAAGAGAGGCAGAGAUGAAGAGGAAGAAACUAGAAGAGUCGAAAUUAUUGAUUCCUAAAUCUUAUCGGGAAAAGCAAGCAAAAGCUGCAAGAAAGAAGUACACAAAAUCCAUUAUCCGAAUACAGUUUCCAGAUGGAGUAUUGCUUCAAGGUGUCUUUCUACCUUCUGAGCCAACUAGUGCACUUUAUGAGUUUGUGAGCUCGGCGUUAAAGGAACCAAGCUUAGAGUUUGAAUUGUUACAUCCGGUGCUUGUUAAGAGGCGGGUGAUUCCCCAUUUUCCAGCUGCCGGGGAGAGGGCUAUAACACUUGAGGAGGAGGAUUUGAUUCCUUCAGCUCUACUCAAAUUUAAACCUAUCGAAACAGAUUCCGUUGUUUUCACAGGUCUUUGCAAUGAGCUUCUUGAAAUCAGCGAGCCCCUCGAGACUGGAUCAGUUGCUUUGAAGUGAAUGUUAAAUUUUUCUGGAAUGGAUCACAAUGUUGUAAACCAGACCAGUAAUUCUUGAUUUUUCUCUUUUCUUACCUUUUCUCUACAUGUUCUUGUUUGUGCAAAUGAUAGGUUAACUGUAUAGUCAGGCUGUCUUGUUUGAUUGAUACAUUAGUUUUUGGCAGAAAUUGGUUUCAAAGUGAGAGAAUAAGGGAUGAAGUGUAUUGGAAACUUGUUCAUUUGAUGAAUACAAGACAAAUCUAUUUUGUAGGUGUUAUAUUUUGUCCAA